CUGGCACCCGCGGCUUUUACGCGUUAUUUUGCUAACUUGGAUCACAUGAUAUAAGAUCGGUUUUCUUGGGCGAGUCCGUGGGCGUAACAGUGAGCGCAGGUGGCCGAGUUACACGGCAAAUUCAAGAAAGCACCAUAGACAGCUGUCAAGACGUGACCGCUUCGUUGAAGAUGCGAGCACGGAUAGAAGCCGGCGUUGUUCACUCUCCUUAUCCGUAUUGUCCGCCUGUGCAUGACACAUCUUUCUAUGGAUUUCUCAUGGAAAGGCUUCUGACGCAUGGAUGCAAGACGGCACUGAUAUGCGGGCAUGACAAGGUAACGUAUUUGGAGCUACGGGACAAACUACGGCUUUGUGCGGCUUGGUACCGGCGUCAAGGCAUCGGCAAAGGCGACAGAGUCUACGUGCAUGUCGACAACUCUAUAGAGAGUUUCGUCGCUGUGUGCGGCGUCCCGUUGACGGGAGCCACUUUGGUUUCAUCGGACUGUUUGUGGAGUGAAGGUGAAAUACUUGACAAAAUAAAGAUGGCCGCUGUAACCCACGUGCUCACGGAUGAGAAUCACGCCGAAAUGUUUACUCGGAUCAAGAAGUCUUGCAACAUCAAAGAUAUGUUUCUGGUGGGUCAGAAAAAGCCAGGCUUCACCAGUGUCUGUGAAUUCAACGACGAACACCAAGAACCCUUCGAUGACAAGGAACUUCUCGCCGGCGGUAGCCAAUUCGUGGGAUGGACAACGGGCACAACGGGCGCACCUAAGUGCGUUCAGUGGACAGAGAGCCUCUUCUUGGGAAGUAUUUUGGGCCGUGCCGCUGUCCAACUUCUUACCCCCAAGGACGUAUUUCUCGGCGACAGCAACAUCUCCUGUAUAUGGCUGUUCACCAUCUGGUUAUUGGCACUGCACGUAGGAUCUACAAUUGUUGUCAGUAAGGCCUGCGGAACCGUCCCCGAAGAUGCCAUCGAGGCAUUCAAGCACUGCGAGGCAGUGACUAUGUACACCUUUCCUUUAAAAAUGAGAAGAAUACUGGAUGCCAUGAAAGCGUCCGAAGACUUGGCAAUCACGCUGACCAAGUGCCUGAGAAAACUAUUGCUAGUCGGUACAUCCACACCUCCAGCUCUGGCUGAAGAGCUCGUCAACACCUUCAAACUGGACGAGCUUCGCAGCGGCUACGGCAUGGCUGAGGGUGGAGGUUGUCUCACAACUCCUCCCAGCGGAGAGGUGUCCGGUACGAACCAAGGCUUCCCCUUUUCUUCAACUAAGAUGAAGGUAAUCGACGUAGACACUGGCAAGGUACUGGGGCCUCUGCAACGCGGGGAGCUGCUCUUCAACACGCCGUACGCACCGACUUGUUACUGCGGAGAUACGGAGGUUGCGGACGACCGUACGGAUGAACAUGGUUGGAUUCACAGCGGUGACCUUGGUUACUAUGACCACGACGGAAGGCUGUUUGUGUGCGGCCGACUGAAGACACUGCUUGAGUGCCAGAGAAGGAAAUUCCCUCCAUCAGAUAUUGAACACUGCCUCAUGGAUCAUGAAGCCGUGGAAGAGGUAUCUGUGCUGGGCAUGCCUUUUGCAGAGCUCCAGCAGUUUCCUGCCGCUGUGGUCGUCACGAAAAGUGGCUUCACCCGGGACCAGCAGCUCGCCGAAGACUUGAAGCGUUACGUGGCUGGGAGGUUGGCCAGUUUCAAGCACCUUCACGGCGGAAUCUACUUUGCGGACGCUCUUCCGAGGAACACCCGUGGGAAAGUCAGGAGCACCGCACUUAAAGAGAUGCUUGAAACACUGCCCAGAAUGGACAGCAAGGAAGACCCUGUCGAAGACUGCGUAUACUAGACGCCACGUGACAUUGGAAUGCACUGCAGGAAAUCCCGCCUGUGUUUAUCUCUCAACGAGACGCUGAGGGCUUCCCCGUGCAUAAUGUAUUUCUUUUUCGGGCUUUGCUCAUGGCUGGGUUUUAUGGAAUAAACUGGCGUAGUUGGACGCGGUUGACGUAGUUGGACAAGUCCAACUACGUCAGCCGUACGGCAUACAUCGUGGUACGUACUGCAGGUACGGCAGUAUGCA